ACCUCCUCUACUCGGGAGAGCUGUGGUCUCGCACUAGUUCGGCGAACGAAUCGGCCGCAAGUGGAUUUCGCGUGCGGAUUUUGGCACGGAGAGGUCCGAGACGGUUGUCUUUGCGAAAUCCUCGUGGUUAAGCUUCGCGUAAGGGUGCGCGCAUCGCGAGGGGAAUCCUUUCGGCGAAUUUUUUCAUGACAGCGCUUCGCGAUUACGCGGAGAGCUUGAUGAACAGUCGCAGUGGCAGUGACAGUGUGAUCCGUGAUAUAUUCGCAGGUCGCUUGAUAUCGAAACUGUUGAUGAGACUCGGUGACGAUUGUUACGAUGAGGAUAAAACGGUCCUGCUGGGUGCUGCUGACAGUCGCACUGCUGUCCCCGAUCAAUGGCGAGAAGAAUGCUGAUGAGGUGGACGAUGGCGGCAAGACUCAGGCGAAGAUAUCGACGUCGCUCAAGCUCGUCGACGAGGACGGCCAAAACAGGACGGACAAAGCGAUGAGGCCGCCGGAAAAGCGAGAACAAAUCGGCGAGCGAAUAUCGACGACACGUAGCGUGUCACCGCCGCAAAAAUUAUCAAUGGCAGCAUUAAUCGCCAAGAGAACGUCGAAUAACGACACGACCUCCUCGACGUUCGAGGAAGUGCGUUCCCUCUUGGGCGGCAGCAGGGCGAACGCCAGCAGGGAACUCAUGCUGCCAAUCAGUAUGGACAUCACAAAGAUCAUAUCUGAAGAUUCCGUCGAGGAGACCGACGAGGAAGAGGAAGAGGAGGAUACGCCCGAGGCGUUACCCGAAGCCCAGGAAUUACGAUUGGUGAAAAGGCCCCACGAUCGACGACGGCCGCUACCAGUGAAACCGUUGCGACCCAUCAGGCCGUCUCCGCCGAAUAGAAGGAACGUUUACACAGGCCCGUCGAGAAUCAAUCCCGUAAUACGGCCGUCUAAGCGACCGAAUGAACAGAGACGACCCACAGAGAGCGAGUGUACUUUCUUCACGAAGACGGUGUGUCUCGAGGCCAACGAUUAUCCGCACGAGGCGAUAACAAGGAGUUUAAGGACCAAUAAGGAAAUGGUGGCGGCACUGCUGACCGACUAUAAGAUGCAAGAUUACGGAAGCGCGGAGGAAAAAUUGCCGAUUGCCCAGCCGCUGGAGAAUAAAUUCGAGACUCGUUAUGAGAACAGAUACGAGAACAACGAAAUUAGAAGACGAUCCGACAAUCCUUUCGACAACGUGGAGGAGGGUUUCACCUGUCCGUCAACUGUCAAGUAUGCUCGUCCGCAAUUAGCGAGAGCUGCUUCCGGAGUCUGGAAGUACAUAAUAAACACCGGCGAACACACCCAGACCUUACGACUGGAGAAAUGCUCCAAUCCACAGUCAAGCUGUUCGUUCAUCUCCGAGAACUACCGCUCCUCUUGCGUGCAAAUUUACAAUUACCACCGUCUACUGACCUGGGACCAGAAAUUAGGACUUCACAUGGACAUCUUCAAGGUCCCAACCUGCUGCAGCUGCCACGUGCAUGGCUACUCCGAGAUUUUCCCGCCGCAUCAGAAGGACCCACCGAUAAAGCCGAAGGAGACGUUCCCGGGCGCGGAUUUCGCCAUCAACGACCACAAGGACGAUUUCCAAGAUCUCGGCAAGCCCGCGCUCAUCAACAAGUACAAUCCCAUCACGAACUUCGACUCCAGCCUCAUGUCCAGCAACAAGAAGCAAGUGCUGGACACCAGCCCGAGUAGACCGAGUUUCACCCUUCCCGGCAGAACCAGAACGAAGAAGCCUUCGACAGUCCCAAGGCCCUACGACAAAUUGCCGCAGCAGCACGCGCCCAACACUCGAGCGCCAGGCUACAAAGGACCGCUGACGAAGGUCAACAGACCCAACCGACUCAGCAGGCCGUCCUUCAGGAGGGAGUCCACCUCCCACGUCGAGGAUUACACGGAGAUUCCCGGUAACAGCUCGAUCAAAAACCGACAUGGCAUUUCCAGAUAUAGCCAGCCGUACGAUCAAGAAGUGGACGCUUCGUCGAGAUUGCAGAAUGGAGGCUUCGACGAAGAGUACCAGGAGCCGCACAAGAGAAUCAACUACAACUAUCAUCCCAUCAUAGACUUCUUCAAGCCAGAAGCUUCCAUGCUGCAAGCCGCCGAGCCGCAACACGUCACCCAGCCAGCGACAGUUCAAAACGAUAAUAACGCGUGGAAGCCAAUGAUAACUUAGAACGUAAAGUUCUUCCUUCGGAGUACCUGACAUCCCGCUUCAUUGAGGGUUCGAAAUCGCGUGUUACACGACGCCUCCGCGUUUUCUGAAUUAAUGUUCACAGUGGUAAGAAAUUAGUUUUUCGCAGAGAAAAAUAUAAGGUGUUCCCCGCGAUAUACCAAAUGUCUAUAGCAAAACUACAUAUCUUCACGUUUUAUUUCUAAGUUGAGAAGCUCAAGAAAGAAACAAAUGUGAAAUAUUAACGUGAUUUAUAAGACCACGUGUGUUAUUUUUAAGUAUAAAAUUUGUAUCCUGUGCGUUGAAUUUAUCUAAUCAAUUUGUUUAGUCUCAAAAACACAAUUCGAUUAUAAACAUUAUAAAAGAUACCAGAUACUAGCGAGAAAAGAAAACAGAUUUGAAUAUUUUGCCUGAUUAGUUCUUUUUUAUUUCAUCAUCAAAUUAUUAUUACUGCCAAUUGUAUUUGUCACACAAAGACUUGAUACUGAUACAAAGAUAAUGAUACGUUUUUACAACGUGUCAUUCGAAGGAGGAGAUUCUCUGUAUAGUAAUAAAAUAAGAGUCAGAGUAGUUGUUAGAAAACAUUCGUAGACAUAGCCCUAGAUAUAUACUUAAUUGAGUAUUAUGGCCACGAAGGGCAGAUGCAAUGAGAAUGUUCUUUCUCUUUUUAUUUUAUUUUAGCACAUUCUAUAUUACGCCCGUUUAGACUUGUUAUUUAUUAGUCGUUAGCUCUACGAGUUAUUUAUAAAUUACACUUAAAGACUCUUUUUACAACAUUAAGAUUUAACAAAAAUAAGACAAGUGUGUUUCUUUACACUUGUUUUCCUGUAUAAAUAUGAAAUUGAAACAACCCUUCACAUGUAAUUCGACAAAAUUAGGUAUAAUCAAAAUCUUGGAAUUCGCGAGGUAAUAUUGGGAUAAAAAUGUAAUAUAAUAUAUAAUAAAAUUCAAUAUAAAAGAAUGUUAUAUUAUAUUUAAUCGUAGU